AUGCAUCGACUCCGAUUGAACUCAAGCACUCGUAUCGUGGUUCAGCGUCCACCCUGUCGCUGGUUCUCGAGAAAGACAUAUCCUGCACACCUUGACUUUCGGGCGUUUGUUGAUACGCUACGAAAUGAGAAUGACCUGGCCGACAUCACUGCUGAAGUAGAUCCCAAACUCGAAGUUGCAGCGUUCAUACGCCUAGCAUACGAACACCGCACAAAGGCUCCUCUGUUCCACAAUGUGAAAGGAGCUCAAGGUGGACUAUUCCGUAUUCUCGGUGCACCAGCUGGGCUUUCUAGUGACCCCAAGUUUCCAUAUCGCCGAUUGGCUCACCACCUUGCUCUUCCUAAGAACUCUGGGGUGAGGGACGUUAUUGAUAAGAUGCUCUCGGCGAAAGGCGAAAAGCCUUUACCACCAGUGCAUGCGUCUACAGGCCCAUGCAAAGAGAACAUCAUCAUGGGUGACGAUGUUGAUCUCACCAAAUUGCCUGCUCCUCUUCUCAACAAGGCUGAUGGAGGUAACUACAUCCAAACCUUGGGCAUCAACAUCAUAUCCCAUCCUACAGAGCCUUGGACCAACUGGUCGAUUGCUCGGGCCAUGAUCUACGACAAAACGCGUAUGGUCGGUCUGAUAAUGAAGCCACAACACAUUGCCCGCAUCUUCGCCGAGUGGAAGAAGGCGGGCAAAGACGUACCGUAUGCCAUCGCUCUCGGUGCCCCGCCAAUCGCCACUAUGGCAGCCAGCAUGCCUCUUCCAGCCGGUGUCUCAGAAGCUGAUUACGUUGGGGCUCUCUGUGGCUCGCCGUUAGAGCUUGUCAAGUGCGAAACCAACGACAUGUACGUCCCUGCAACGAGUGAAAUCGUGUUGGAAGGCACUAUCUCGAUCACCGAUACGGCCAAAGAGGGUCCGUUUGGUGAGAUGCACGGCUACAGCUUUCUUGACGAGAACUCUUUGCAGCCUCUGUAUACCGUGAAGGCGAUCACUUACAGGAACAACCCGAUUCUUCCAGUUUGUGUGCCUGGGCGGGCGAACCUUGGCCCUGACGAGACACAUACAAUGAUUGGAACAUUAGCUUCCGCUGAAAUCCGUCACUUACUCCAACAACAUGGCUUACCUGUCACUCAGGUCUUCGCCCUUUUUGAAAGCCAAGUCAUUUGGGCAGCUGUUCAAGUUGAUCGAAAGAAACUGGCCGAAAUGAAGACUGAUGCCAAAGACCUUUGCGCCAAGAUUGGUGAUCUGGUUUUCCGCAAUAAAUGCGGUAUGCAGAUUCAUCGGCUGCUCGUUGUGGGAGACGACAUUGAUCCGUUUGAUAUGAACGAUGUUACUUGGGCUUUUGCAACGAGGUGUAGGCCAGCGAUGGAUGAGUUCCACUUCGAGGAUGUCCCUGCUUACCCACUUGUGCCAUAUAUGUCUCACGGCCCCGGGACGAAGCUGACCGGUGGAAAAGUGGUAGCCAACUGUUUGUUGCCGGAAGAAUAUGAGGGGAACCAGGGUUGGGUUACCUGUGAUUUUGACAGCGGAUAUCCUGAAGAGGUUAAACAGAGAGUCUUGAGCAGGCAAAAAAGGUUUGGACUAUAA